AUGACUCAAUUAUUGAAGAAAGACGUUUCUCCUAAACACGCCACACCUAACGUGGCAGAUUCUCAUCGUCCAGACAGCGUUUAUCGCCCAAACCCAUUCCCGAUUAACCCAAUCGUGGGUUACCCGUCGGCACCCGUUACUACAUAUCAUUACCCUCCACACGCUGAUAGUAAUUACGAUGAUAAUGGGCCUCCACCGCAAUAUUCCUCCUAUGACACUAAUUCUUCAUAUCCACACUCGCAUACGUAUGGUCGACCAUCGGAUGGAUACGACACUUCUACUGUCACUUAUCCCCCUAUUGGUGCAUUAGGGUUUAUUGCUGGAGCUUCGAGUGUGUCUCACGUAUCAACACCACCCGAUAUUCGACCUGGAGUAAUCGGUUUGUACGUCGUAUCAAUAACAUCUUGUUUGGUCAGUCUAUUCUACGUAUGCAAGUACUUUUCGCGUCGAUUUGGCCGUAACAGAAAACUGCGGAGAUGGAUAAUGCUGCUGAUUGAUUUUGUGCUUGCUUUUGCAUGGGGAAUCCUUGGCUACUUCUUAAUCGUGAAAUUCAAGUGUCCGCCUGGUGACCACAAUGGAUGGUAA